AUGGCUCAGUUGGCAGGAUUCCUGCCUACAGGUCACAGGUAUUGCAGUGCAGUGCCAGCCCUGGACAAGUUCUCAUGCUCCAGCAUCAUACCUGCUGUCAGCCUCUGCUGCAGGAGCUCUCUUGUAGUGCCUCCUGCCCGGAUUGCUGAGCCCCUCACCCACCAGAGGUGCCAGUGGAUUAGCCAGUGCCUCCCCUCCCCUGGCCCAGCAUGGAACAGGCUGAGUGCAUCAAGGAGAUCUGUGGGCUUAGAAAGCAACACCCCUGUACUGGUGAGAGGGGAACAAGAUGGAUUUUAUUACCAUGGUACAGUAAAAGAGGAAAUAGAGCAGAGUGAAAGAGGCAUGUUCCUGGUAGAGUUUGCCAAACCACUUGUGUCACGUGGAAGACAUCCAGUGUAUGUGCAAAAAACAGCAAAGGAUGACAUCCUGGAAUAUGUGAAUGGCAUGAAACAUUCCUUACUCCCUGGAGACAAAGUGCUGGCACCCUGGGAGCCAGGUAUGGUGAGGUAUGGCCCAGGAACUGUCCUUGCAGGCAUUGAGACAAGGAACCCCUUACGAGCCUCAGAAGAUGAAGAAAUUAUGGUCCAGUUCUGGAAUGACAAGAAAGUGAAACUCCCACGAGGCGUGGCUCUGUGGAUCCCUCCUAGCUUGUGGGAGAGAAUUGCAGAGAUGAUCCACAUGCCCUUCACCAGCAGGGUGAAGGCCAGAGGAAGUUCAGACACAAACUCCUGUGUUUUUUCCUGCAGUCCUACACCAGCCCUGAUUCCUGUUUGUGCUGUGCAUAGCUUUGCUAAGCACUGCUUGCCCUGCUCACCUUGCUGGCCCCAUUUCCAUUAUCACUGUGAUGGUAUAUGCUGUUUGCCAGCAUGUGUAAGGUGCAUCUGCUGCUGCCAUCCCCAUAUUGAUGCCUGGUGGCCUCUUCCAUCCAGGUCUCUGGUCUUUCAGAGUAAAGCUGAAGAGGCAGAGUCCAGUAGCAAGCCCUCUCCACACCUUCUAGAAUUGGAAGGCCCAAAACAAGAAGCAGCAGCAGCUCUGGCAGCAUCUUCGCUCUCUUCUGAUUCAGAGUUGGACCUGGAGCCAUUCCCUACAAAAAGUACUGUGGUGGACAGUGCUGUUAACACAGGCUCUGGCUGUCUUGAGAAGACCAGGCUAAAGGACGCUGCAAGACCCAAGUGGAAACACUGGCAAAGAAGCCACCCCAAGUCCCGUCCCAGUAAUCCAGCUCUUCUUUUGGCAACUGAUCUGAUAGAAAACUACCAGAACAAUGGAUUUCAUUUGGAAGCAGGACUUGGCAGCUGCAGCAGCACACCUACAAAAGGCAAGCUGGAAUCCGAAGCCAUCUCCACUGGGAACGUGUUCUGUGUUACCCCAACGAAUCGGGGUGCAAUGUUUGAAACCAGCGAGUGCUCUCCCAAAGGGCAACUCACAAUGAAAGCAGUCUUAAGAGACCAAGAUUUCAAGCUGCUGUCAGGGGAAGAAGAUUUUGCAGCAUCGGAGAAACACAGAUAUAAAGCAGUGAGAAAGAAAACAGAGUCAGAUGAUAAAAGCAAAGCGACUUGCUCAGAGAUGACACACUUGAUGAUACAGACCAUGUCAGAAGAGGACAGACAGAAAAAACAGCAAAGAGCUCACUUGCAACAAAGCAGAGAGAG